UUUGCUAAGGAAGCUAGUGGAAACAUCUGUGCUCAGAAUUUCGGUGCGAUUGAAUCUGUUGUGAGAAUAUUUAUACAAUAUUGAUCAAUAUAGUUUAACAAAGAAACGGUAAUAAUGAGCCGUAUCAGUCGAUGAGCCGAUAACUGACGGAAAAAAUCUAAGUCUGGUGAACUCUUAUAUUCUCUGCUCAUACGCAGGACCUUUAGAACUCACAAUAACGGAAAGAAUUUUAAAUGGACUAAAUGCCACCAUUGAACAAUUUUCUUAUAUGGUUUCCAUUCAGCGUGUUAGUGACAUUUCUAAUCCGGGACACGGACAUACGUGUGGUGGCGUAUUGAUUACACAACGGCAUGUUUUGACGGCUGCCAGUUGUACAUAUCGUAUCGACUACGCUAACAACAAACAAGUGAUACACUAUAAUGAAAGCGAUUUCAUAGUAUUUGCAGGCUCCGCUUUUCUAAAUGAAACAUCAUCAGAUAGAAUAAGAAGUAUAGAAAAUUAUACAAGGCACCCUGAACAUCUAAUUGAACCUUCUCGUGCUAAUGAUCUUGCCAUUAUUACUUUGGUAAGUCCUUUUCCGGAAAGAGUUGUGAAACCACUAGCAUUGCCACCUUCCGAUUACACACCACGUGACUCAACAGUAUGCACAAUUGCCGGUUGGGGUGCACAGACUAAUUUAUCCUCUAUACCGUCAGUACAAUUGCAGUAUAUAAACAAUUAUAUUUUAAAUCAAAAUUCUUGCAUAUCACUGUUUAAUAAUUUUGACCAAGUGGAAAAAAUUUUACCCUCCAUGGUUUGCACGAACGUUAGUGAUAACAAUACAAAAGGUUGUAAGGGUGAUCAAGGAAAUGCAUUAGUAUGCGGCGGCAUAUUAACAGGAAUCUCAUUCUUGCCAAACGAUUGCAUGAGCGAGAAUUCAUCACGGCCAGAACUAUACACUAGAGUUUCCAAUUACACAAGAUGGAUACAAACUGUUACGGACUCUGCUCCUAAUAUUAAACCACGAUUUUAUGCUCUUCUAAUACUCACAGUUUUUCAUGCGUUUUUUCAAAAAGUAGUAAGUUAAGUUGAACUAGCGUAAUCUAGAUAUAAUUUUAGGAAAAUUAAAAUGCUGUUUAUACAGCAUCGAGGACAUAUAUUAAUUGCAUAAUUGUUAAUACAAUCGUAAUUAAUAUAGUGGCCUCAUUAGUGACUCCUGCCUGACUCAAAUAUUAAUUAUAUAGUAAUCUAAUCUGAAGUAUGCGAAAGGUAUCUAAAUAUAUAGAUACUAAAUUUAUCUUUAAUGAUUUUUACUUGAAGUAUGUAAAGAACAUUGUUGGAUUGAAUGUGAAAUUCAGAAUUUAGUAUGAAAGUUUUUAUUUAUUUUUAUGGAUUUUUUAAUUAAUCUAACUUAUUUUAAAUAAGUAGAAAUAACAGUCAAUAAUAAAUAAUUCCUAAAAGAACAAUAUAUCAUAAGAAGUAUUACAUCAAUAGCCUCUAAGAAAUACUAUAUAAAAAAUACCAAAGUCCAUAACAGAUAUACAUCUUGCAAAAAAUACCUACCAUUGAAUGCUUCGUUGAUAGAAAAUACCAUUUAGUAUUUUCUAUCAGUAGGCAUGUUUUGAUCCUUAUAUAUUUUUUAAAUUUAUUUUUAUUAAACUGACGAAGUACAUAAUUAUUAUUGAAUUGUUUAUUUUUAUUUUAUAUGAACCCAUGUAUCUGAUUAGAGAGGAGACAGACCUGUUGUACUUACUUAUGUUUGAAUCUCUCAUUGUAAAAAUAAAUUUUGUAAUAAUUCCCAAAUACUUCGACUUUAUCAAUAUACAUUUGUUUACGACGCUAACAACAAUUGU